AGAAAAAUUCUUGUGACAGUGCUUUUGGAGAGGCGUGUUUUUGCUGAUUUUUCAUCAAUUUGUUGCUAAUAAAUUUAAUAUUUGAAAUUUUGCGACUAUUUGGUCUUAACUUGUGCAUAACUAUCUAGAAAACAUGUUAUAUCUAGAGGAUUAUCUUGAAAUGAUUGAGCAUUUGCCACAGGAGCUCCGUGACCGCUUUACAGAGAUGCGCGAAUUGGAUUUAACUGUGCAAAAUAGCAUGGACUCAUUGGAGAAAAAGACACGGACAUUUUUUCAACAAUGUAAACGCGGUGAGUUACAAAAUGAAACAGCCGAUUCGGAUUUUCAAAAUCUUCGCAAAGAGUACUACAAAGUGCUGGAGGAUGCCGAUGAAAAAGUAAACAUUGCCACACAAAUACAUGAGUUGGUCGAGCGUUACCUGCGCCGUUUGGACAGCGAACUUUUUAAGUUCAAAUGUGAACUAGAAGCUGAUAAUAAUGGUAUUACAGAAAUAUUAGAAAAACGUUCAUUAGAGUUAGAUGGGGGUUCAAGUGCGGCAACAGCUUUGAUAAAUGUAAUUGGUGUUACACAGAAAGAAAACAGAUAUUACGGCUCAAUAGGUGUACCGGCAACUACAAAUAGUCAUAGUAUAUUAAGCGUACCCGGUGGCACCAUGGGCGGGUUAUCACUCCCGGCAACGCCAUUGGCAGCACCAACAGAUAAUCGCUAUCGCACACCUAAACCAGAGAAACGACGAGACAGUACUACAAAUAUUUCCGGUAUACCAGAAAAACGUCCAAAAAUUAAUAAUACCAUAACGUCAGCUAAUCCUUCUGUUGCUGUUGUGCGUCCCAUAACGCCUGGAAUAGGUACACAUGCUGUGCUUAGUUCUGCCACGACUGCAGUUAGCGCAGCAGGCAACCCUUCCGCAGUUGCUUACAAUUUACAACAAUUAGGAGGAUCUGCUUCGAAUGCAAUCGCUGCUGCGGCCAGUCAAGCCAUAGUUGCAACUCAACAAAUGCCGCAAGGGCGGCGCACAGCAAGUCUUAAAGCCAGUUAUGAGGCUAUACAUGGUGCUGGCGGCGGCCCACCCGAGUUUUGGAUAAGUCGUGAUAUCGCAAACGCUGCGACGGCUGCUGCACAAACAGUACUCCCGACUCCUAGCCUAGAAAAGAAACAGAAAAAGAAAAUAAAUACCAGCAGUAUUACUCACGCCAACACUACUAUAAGUGGCAGCGCACCGUCAUCAGCCAUUUCAUUAGCAUCAUCUUCGUCUUCUGUCAGUGUAGACUCAGUAGAUAUGCUACCGUCUUCCUCUAAUUUGACUACAGUUGGAAAUCUUAGCGUCACGUCUAUUGGUCUAACAGCUAUUGGAGCAGGUGGUGCUUCCACUUCAGCUGCUGCAGCAAAUCGCGCCAGCUCAGUCUCGUCUUCGAUCUCAUCAAGCACCCUUGCUCCUACCUCAAAUAUUACCAUCAAUGAAAAUGGGUUGGUGGUGGAGCAAACUCCUGAGGGAGAAUGGUCCUAUGAUCCGAAUGAACCACGUUACUGUACUUGUAAUCAGGUCUCGUAUGGAGACAUGGUCGCUUGUGACAACGAUGCUUGUCCUUACGAAUGGUUUCAUUAUCCCUGUGUGGGUAUUACACAACCACCAAAAGGCAAGUGGUAUUGUCCGAAAUGUACAGCGUCAAUGCGUCGUCGUGGGGACAGGAAAAAUUAGUACAAAUCCAAAUUCUAAAACUUUCCAGACUACUAAAGUUUCAGCAGCCUUAUUUUAGUUAUUAAAUAAACUUCUAACCGCGUUGUGUAUUUCUCAACAUUUAUCUUUGAUUGGAUUUCAAUAAACCUAGGGCUAUAAAACA